GGAAAUGUUUAGAUGGCUUGUUCCGAAGUGCAGCAGAAGGUGCUCGACAUGGAGCUGGACAAGGGUGGGGCAUUUGAUUUUUCAAACUGCAUCCGCAACAUGGCACUCACCCGAAUGGGAGUUCCAGCGCCUAGGGUUCGCUCAACUGGAACUACAAUCGUUGCUUCGACUUAUAAGGAUGGCCUUGUUAUGGGAGCAGACUCUCGCGCUACCGCUGGGAACAUUAUAGCUGACAAGCACUGUGAGAAAGUACAUUUCUUGACAGAAUCAAUCUAUGCAUGUGGUGCAGGAACUGCUGCAGACCUUGAUCAGGUUACCAAAAUGCUGUCGGGUACACUGCGUUUGAUGGAGCUCAACACCGGUAGGAAGGCUCGUGUUAUAACAGCUCUUCGCCAUGCCAAGCAGCAUCUCUUCAAUUAUCAAGGAUAUGUUGGAGCUUACCUUCUGAUUGGUGGCGUAGAUCCCACUGGACCACAUCUAUACGAAUGCUCAGCAAAUGGUACAACCAUGGCGAAACCUUUCGCAGCUCAAGGGUCUGGAAGCUAUGCUGCCAUUUCCGUUCUAGAACGAGAUUUCAAAAACAAUAUGAGCGAAGAAGACGCAGUUAACCUUGUGCAGCGAGCACUUCAUGCUGGUAUGCAUGGAGACAAUGCCUCUGGAAACAGUCUGAAUCUUGUGAUUAUGCGACCAGACAAAACUGAAUUUAGGGGACCCAUCGUACCUGAUUUCUGCAAGAAGCCUGAACCUAUUGAUCUGUCGUACAAGUUCAAGUCAGGUGCAACGAAAGUGUUGAAGAGGAAGACUAUCAAAUUUGAUGUGAUCGAAUCGAUGGAUAUCAGUCAUUGAAGUUUCAUCGAUAUAUAUGUUACCUUGUUUUGCUUGGUCGACCGUGUUGCUUCUAUUUAUUAUUCCAUUUACUUGAUAAUUUUCGAAACGUAACAACACUUGGUGAUAAACCUGUUGCAGUAAU